AUGGAUGAAGUGAAGGACAGUGGACUGGGUAGCAGGUGGCAUGAAGAGCCAUCUGGGAGGUCCUCCUCCAGGAGUCGGGUAGGUUAUCUGGGCCUCCCAAUCAACCCUCUCGAUAUUCCGGUGUGGAGCGUCCGCUUCUCCCAGGAGCCCGCGGACCAGUCGGUGGUGCUGGGAGAACGGGUGGUGCUGUCCUGCGUGGUCUUCAACUACAGCGGCAUCGUCCAGUGGACCAAAGACGGCCUGGCCCUCGGUGUCGGAGAGGGUCUGCGAGCCUGGCCCAGGUACCGUGUGCUGCGCGCUCUGGACACCGGUCAGUACAACCUGGAGAUCUCCCACGCCGAGCUGUCAGAUGACUCGCUGUACGAGUGUCAGGCCACGGAAGCGGCGCUGCGUUCCCGGAGAGCCAAACUCAACGUGCUGAUCCCCCCUGAGGGCCCGGUGGUCGACGGUGCCCCGGAGCUCCUGCUGAUGGCCGGGACACCAUAUAACCUGACCUGUGUGACCCGUGGGGCGAAACCUGCAGCGCACAUCCAGUGGACCAAGGACGGUGUGGUGGUGGAAGGAGCUCACCAGUCCACGGAAGUGCUGCCGGACAGGAAGAGGGUCACCACCAGAAGCUACCUGCCCAUCACGCCGGUUGACGUUGACAGCGGGCGGAACUUCACCUGUGUGGCCAGCAACCCGGCAGUGCCCAUGGGCAAACGAGCCAGCAUCACCCUGAACAUCCACCACCCUCCCACAGUGACCUUGUCCAUCGAGCCUCGCUCUGUCCUGGAGGGCGAGAGAGUCACCUUCACCUGCCAGGCCACUGCUAACCCCCCCAUCAUGGGCUACAGAUGGGCCAAAGGUGGCGUUCUGCUGGAGGGGGCGAGAGAAAGCGUGUUUGUCACCACAGCGGAUCACUCCUUCUUCACCGAGCCCGUGUCGUGUCAGGUGUUCAACGCCGUGGGCAGCACCAACGUCAGCAUCCUGGUGGACGUGCACUUUGGACCCAUCCUUGUUGUUGAACCCAGACCAGUUACCGUGGACGUGGACUCAGACGUCACUCUGAACUGCAAGUGGUCUGGGAACCCGCCUCUCACGCUCACCUGGACCAAGAAAGGCUCCAGCAUGGUGCUCAGCAACAACAACCAGCUUUAUCUGAAAUCGGUGAGCCAAGCUGAUGCAGGUCAGUAUGUCUGCAAGGCCAUUGUACCCCGGAUUGGAGUGGGAGAGACCGAGGUCACACUUACUGUUAAUGGUCCGCCCAUCAUCUCCAGCGAUGUGGUCCAGUACGCAGUCCGAGGAGAAAGAGGAGAAAUCAAGUGUUAUAUCGCCAGCACGCCGCCACCUGAUAAGAUUGUUUGGGCGUGGAAAGAGAACGUGUGGGAGAAGGAGAAGGGGACCCUGAUGGAGAGGUACACCGUGGAGCAAAGUAAACCUCCAUCUCAAGGCGGCGCCGUCCUCUCCACCCUCACCAUCAACAACGUCAUGGAGUCUGACUUCCACUCACCGUACAACUGCACCGCCUGGAACGCCUUUGGACCUGGCACCAUGAUCAUCACUCUGGAGGAGAAGGAGAUUGUUCCAGUGGGAAUUAUCGCUGGUGCUACAGUGGGAUCCUCCUUUGUGCUGCUGAUGCUUCUGCUGGCUGCUGCCUUCUUCUUCUACCGCCAACGCAAAGGCGCUCGCCGUGGUGUAACUCUGGGUAAACCAGACAUCAAGGUGGAGACGGUCAACAAAGAGACUCACAGCCUGGAGGAGGAAGCAGCCAACGUAUCCACCGCAACCCGAAUGGUCAAAGCCAUGUACUCCCCCUUCAAAGAUGACAUGGACCUGAAGCAGGAGAUGAGGAGUGAAAGUGACACCCGGGAGGAGUACGAGCUCAAGGACCCAACUAAUGGCUACUACAACGUUCGCGCCACCACCCACGAUGAGGCACGGCCCCAGUCCUGCGCAGUCCACUACCAGGGUGAGUUUCGCUCCCAGAACCCAAACAGCAGCCCAGCUGGUGCCACAUCCAGCGGUUCCUCAGGAGCAGCCAGUGGUGCAUUGCCCCCCAGUGCAGUGCCAGGCUCCAGGGCAGGCUGCUAUGACCCCCGCCCACCUUCAAGGAUGUCCCAUGCUUACGCCCACUUCAACACUUUCUCCAGAGCACCGCAGAACCAGCAAGUACCCCCAAAUCCUUCUCUUCAGUCACCUGGAGAUUAUCCCGGAGACUGCGGCCUGCUGGACAACACAACCCAGCUGGCGUAUGAGAACUAUGGAUACCCCUCCCAGUAUCCCAGCUACCGCAUGGGAUUUGCCCCACCCAUAGAGGAAGGACAAGCUUAUGAGAUGUAUCACACUGGGCAAGGGACCGGGCAGGGGUCUGGACCAGGACAAAGUCCUGAAACUGCACUGGGCAAGUAUGGAAGCUCCAGUCGCUUUUCCUAUUCUUCUCCGCCUUCUGACUAUUCCAGCAGACACACACAGAGGAUGCAGACUCAUGUGUGAUGAACACAAACACUUUUUUUUUUUUGCAGACUGUCACUCUGAGUCACAGAAAAACUCUGAAAGAAAAAAAACUUCGACACAUGAGCGCUAAAGAUUCAGUUUUCUGCAUGGAAUACGGUUCAUUUUCAGAACCAGCAAAACACCACAAAGGUGAUGCAACAACGCAAAGCCGUCAACCGCAUCACGCGUAAUAUACUUAGCAGCAAUACGUCGACGUGUUUCUGUGCAGAAUUUGUGUUUUGUGCAGCGAAAACCACAAUCAAGAGAAGAAGAAGAGUGCAGAGGUACCUUUUCUUCCUGGUGCUUCUCUUCUGGCUUUUGGUCCAUCUCCCAGCAUCAUGCUUUGCUCACAUCUCGUCUGUGUAAAUACACAACAAUUGGGUCAUUUUCUAGGUAUUUCCUUGUAUAAAACUAUAUAGUAUGAUGCAGCCAUCUGCGGAAAACAACCCUGUAAUUUACACAUUUUGCAGUUUAUGACUCCGUCAUCAUGCAAAAGACUAAUGAUUUCAACAACACGGCAGCUUGGACUUCAACCACAAGGCACUUUCCCCCCACAUGCAAGUUCUACUCUGAUUAAAGUGGGACAAAGUUUCUUAAGGCGGUACAGUGCCCGUGAGUAAUGUGCCAACACACAGAAAAUACACAUGAAAGGACCUGACUGGCCAUUUUGAUGUUUGAGCCUAAUAAAUACACGCUGUAUUACUGCAAACUAAUUCCCAAAUCACAUACUGUAAGUGUUUUAUAUAUUUCCUGGGUGCUGUUUGUUUCACUUCAUUCUGGCAUGCUAUAGGUCAUGGGUCAUCAACCGUGGUCCUGGAGAUCAUCUGCCCUGCAUAUUUAAUAUGUCAUUUAAUUGACAUUUAAUAUGCUGCAACCAAAGCUUGGUGCUCGCGUCCGCUGUUUCCCAGAUCGUGAUUGGCUGAGCACAACUGACUUAGUUAAUUUGAAGUAGAUGAAGCAGGAAGAGUUGGAGAACAUGCAGGACAAGUGACCUGUAGGAGCAGAACUGAUGACCCCUGCUAUAGGUGAUUAUCAUAGCCAAAAUAAACAAAUAAAAAUAAAUAAAUAACAAGCUGUUUGCAUGCAGUAACAUCAGUGCUGACAUUUUGCUGAACAAAACAUUUUACACAUCAAGAAUUAGGAUGCAUCACCUCUGUGUCUGUGGGGUAGUUUGACUUUUAAAGGUGCUAUGAAUGAAAUUUUAAACAUUAACAUCACCAGCAAUAACCAUUUUCUCUAUAAACAUUUCGUAGCUUAAUGCUGUCCUGUGCAGAGAAUGAAGCAGCACUCCCUCUGUGCUCUGCGCUUUUCUGCCCCAUGUUUACCUGUUUGGUUUGGCCUCACAUGCACAUUUAGUGCAUGAGAUUUCUGCAUGUGCACAUUUAGUGCAUGCGGGUCCUGACAAUUGAAAUUGAUGCAGUACUUACUACUUAUCUCAUAGUUGUAGAAUAUUCUUUUCAAGUUGCCAGACUGCAGCUACAGGGGGUCCCAAAAAAGUGCAACAAAAUCAUUUGACUCUAAUUUUGCAACGGCUAAUCUGAAUUCUGUAUUUGUUGUUGUUGUUUUCAGACGUCUAUAUAUGUGAGGAGUUUCUUCUGAUGUAGUGUGAGACUGAUCUAAUGAGGAUGCCGCUUGCAAUCGAGCAAAAAAGGGAAAUUGGUGCAAUUCUACAUUGAGACCAAAUUGAUAUGUGCAAAAUCCAACAACAAUAUCAAUAUCAUUUUGCAGUUAGAAAAGCUCCAGACAGAAAGACAACAUGGAGGGUUGUAGAGAAGUUUCAAACAAAUAGAACUGUUCACAGUGUUAACAAAGGGAGAUCUGGCUGAACCAGAGGAGUCGUGCACAUAUUGAGCACAUCUUGUGAACACCAAAACUCUUACAACGCCAAUUCCCAUGAAGUUGGGACAUUGUGUAAAAUGUAAAUAAAACAGAAUACAAUGAUUUUCUAAUCCUCUUCAACCUAUAUUCAAUUGAAU